UUUUUUUAUGACUUGUACUGUAGUAAUUAUUUAGGCAUGUGAUGAUAGGCUUCCUCAGAAUAUACUUCUACGCGACCGUCUUUUAUUUUGAUAGUAAUGGCGGAACAACCGGAACCUUCAUGCCCCUGAACCAGUCGGACUGCUUCUCCUGCCCCACAGCUGUCUAGUAGUCGCUCUUGUCAACAACAGUGCAACCUGAGACGGGAUAGCCAGUCAUUUGGCUAGCUUAGUAAACUAGCUAAUUCAGCCCCUGCGUUAGCCUCAGCAUUAAUUAACUGUGGCGACUCUUCGUUAUCUCUUUUAAGGGGCGUGUGUCUGGAUUUUCCGUACAAUGUGAUUUUUUUUUUUUUUUCGGAGACCAGAGGAAAAAUCUUUCACCGCUCGGUUUCUUCUAUGCGUUGAUUCUUUGUGCUAUGACAUCGUGGCUUGGUUACAACAAAAGCCCAAGCUCUUCAGCAGACGGUUGACAUCUGGUCAGGGAUGGCUGCUCAAGUGGAGGUUCAACCUGGAGAGCUGGGGUUAUCGGUGGCAGGAGCAGGACUUCAUCUGAGUCCACUGUCUGAUUCCAGCAAUAAGAGUCGCAUCGAGGUCCCAUCUGUUGAUAAAUCCAAUGUCAUUGCGUCAGAACCGAGCAAACCUGUCCCAAUUCCUAAGCCUCGACUUACUCCUAAACCUUUUGUUGUGGACAGAAACCCAACUAUUAAGCCCAUACUUGCCCCUAAGCCCCAAACCAAACCUAGACCAGAGUCCACUCGUCUGGCUGGGCACAAACCAGAUCUGCCAAGCACUCCAAAACCAACUGCAAAGCCAUUGUCAGCCAACUCCAACCGGCCUGCUCCUACCUUCUACAAAACAUCAAAUAAGUUGAAUUUGGCACAGACAGCAAAGCCUGUCACCCAGCCAUUUAAAUCAGCCCCCCCAUUUGACCCAGAUGAUCCGAGUAAACCAACUUCUUCUGCGCUAGCCAAGAAACAAAAACCUGUCGUAUCAAACUUUGCCUAUUCCAAGAGUCUUGCAGUACCUUCAGCAGCAGAGUGGUCUGGCACCACUGCAAAAGAAAAAGAAACCAAUGUAAAGUCCAAAAAUAAAGUUGGAGCUUCAAUUACAAGAGCCAAGUCAAUGGGGUUUCUUGAUGAAGUAGGGUUUGAUAAAGAAGAAAAAGAUGAAGCUAAGUGUGAAGUACCUGUACCAUUGCGACCCAAAAGCUCCAGGCCCAGACCUGUAUCCGCCAUCUUUCCAGAUAGCUUAAAUAAGACGGAGAAGCCUGUUCCUGCUCCUCGCUGGGCUGGGAGGAGACCCCUCUCAGCUGAUCUCACAUCCAAGUUUGAGUCCAUUGGUCUGUCACUCCACCGUAAAAGUAGUGAUGAAAACACUCCAGCAGAGAAGGUGCCACCACAGAAAACAGAAGAUGUCCCAAAUCCAGACCUAAAGAGUGAAAAGAAGACUGAAGAAAGCACAGUGAAAGAGAUUGAGGAGGAAAAGCAGAGGCCAAACAUCAAGUCGCGCAUCAGUCGCCUAUUUGAUUCUUCAUCUUUGUCUGUGGCUGGGUCCACGGGCCAGGAUCCUCAGUCUCCUGUGCAGCCGAGUCCUGAAACUGAAACUGAAACAUCUGUUGGUGUUAAACAGCUGAUUAAGCAGCUGACUGUAGAUCCGACUCCAACUCAGAGCCCAGCCGUGAAGCCGACGCCAAAGCCGCGCCCUUUGUCUAUUGAUCUUACCAAAAGGUUUUCAUCCGAGAAGUCGCCAGACUUAAAUACUGUCACUGAGGCAGCAGACCGCCAUGAGAUCAGCAAAGUUUCUCAAAAAGGGGACGAAGAGUUGGCUAACACUCCUAACGAUCACAAGAUACUUUAUGAUUUGAAAGAAUCUGAAGAGCACCUCAAGGAUGACUCCACAUCAGAAGGAUCUUCUGCAAAAGAGACAAGUAACACCUCCCAGGAUGGUGGUCGUGCUGGUGAACUACACACCGUGCGAGCAUUUUUGUUUGACGUAGAGAGACACAAUGUGACUAUAUCAGAGGAGGAGAAACCUGCAAGCUUGGCUAAGGAUUUGUCCAGGAAGCCUUCGUUUAAGAGAGAAAGUGUGGCCGGACCACUCUCCCCCCCUGUCUUCGAGGAACCUGCAUCUCCAUCCACUCCUCUUCGUGUGGUACACGCUUUCGAUACAGUUCAAGCAAUUGAAGAGAAAAGGGCAGUGAGCGAGAGCGUCCCAUCAGCCCAGUGGGAAGAUAAGGCCAUGACGCUCCGCUCGAGACGCUCAGACACGAGCAGACCGGGGCUCGAAUGGAUGGAUCAGCCACAAAUCCAGCCUCCUGUGGAAGUGAUGCCAGUGCCCCGGUAUUUGAGAGUAGGCGCUUUACCAAAGUGGAACGCGUCUGAUCUCAACCAAGAGUCCAUUUUGGAAAAAGGGACACAAAAGGAAUCGCAAAGGGAAGCGCUAGUGGACAAAGAGGGUGAUAGACAGAGAUGGGCAGAUGAGGAAGAAGGUAUUGCAGCACAUAAAUAUUUAAAGAGAGAGAAAGAAGAACAGCCGAAACCAAGGGCAACUUACUUUGCUUUGACUGGGCAAAUGCAAGAGCCUGUUUCUCCCAGAGAUGCAGGGACAAGAGAAAUAACUGUGCCUUCUGAUAAUUCCUCUGUGAGGUCGGCUCUGGGGGGGCCACAAGGAAAAGUUCUUUCCGUCAAGAGGAAUCCAUCUUUAGAGGAAGCCUUUGAGAGGAACACUUCUCUGCAGGAGCUUGAAGCAAUGAUGAGAAGGCAGUUGUCUCCUAACGACACCACAUCUCAUACAGACAAACAGUCGAGAAACGCAGAGAAAGAAAAUCGAGAAACUGAAAGAGAAAAUCUCCAUGAACAGGUCAGGGAGCAGGUUAAGGAGACGCAGAGACAGCUGGAGGAGGAGAAGAAGAGAAGUUUAGAGAGGAUUAUAGAAGUAGAUAGACAAGAGCUCAUUGAAGUUAAAAAGCCCAGGCUAAAGGAGAAGGAAAGACAGCGGUUUCAUGAGAUAGAGAGACAGAAACAUAAGGAGAACAUUGAAGAGGCUGAAAAACUAAAGCAGAUGACAUUGGAACAAGAAAUGUUAAAAGAGCGUGAAAAACAAAAGGAAAUUGAGAGGGAAAGGCAGAAGCAGAUGCAACAAGAGCUAGAAAGGCAAAGAGAGCUGUCAAAGGAGAAAAUGAGGAAAAGGGAUGAAGAGAGGCAAAGAGAGUUGGACAAGGAACGACAGCAGCUUGAAAUGCAACAGGAGAAGCAAAGAAUGGAAGAGAUGGAGAAACAGAAAGAGCUGGAGAGGCAACAACUAGAACUGCAGAGGGAGAAGGAGAAGCAGUGGCUUGCCGAAGAGGCAGAAAAAAUCAAACUGAUAGCGCUGGAGCAAGAGAGGAUGAGACUUAAAGAGCUGGAAAAAGAGAGGGCAAGGCAAAGAGAGCUAGAGCAUCAGAGAGAAGUGGAACGAGAAAAGCAAAAAGAGAUGCAGAAAAGGCGGUGGCAGGAAAUCGAAAGGCUGAGGCAGAGGGAGGAAAAGGAACGACAGUGGCAGUUGGAGAGAGAAAAACAAGAGCUGGAAAGACAGAGGGAAAUCGAAAGGGAAAAAUUACAAGAGCAGGAGCGGGCAAAAGAGAGGCAAAGGGAUGAAGAAAGGCAAAAACAGCUGGACAGGGAAAGGCUGCAGCUGGAAAUGCAACAGGAAAAACACAGAAAGGAGGAAGAGAAAAGGGAGCUGGAAAGGCAACAGCUGGAAGUGCAAAAACAAAGGCAAAAAGAGUUGGAGAGGCAACAGCUUGCUGAAGAGGCAGAGAAAUUAAGGCAAGCUGCACUAGAGCAAGAGCGUUUAAAACUAAAAGAGCUUGAAAAAGAGAGGGAAAAACAAAGGGAAAUUGAGCUACGGAAAGAGAUGGAAAGGGAAAGGCAAAGGCAGCUGGAGAUGCAGAGACAGCUAGAUUUAGACAAGCAGGAAUUUGAAAACCAGAAACUGAGAAAACAAGAACUGAAGGAGAAGAUGGAAAAAGAAGAAGCUGAAAAAUUGAGACAAGUUGCCAAACAGCAAGAGGCAGAAAGACAACGACUCAGAGAGAAGCAGUGGAAGGAUGAGGAGCGACUGAAAUUGGAAUCGUCAGCCAUGAGGCCGACGGUGCUGGAUCUGGACUCGGUGCUAAGAGAUGAGUUGUCCCCUAAAGCCUCUCCCAAUCACGGUGACCCCUCCAUGCGCUGGAGGGAGCCAUACAAGCCUGCCAUUCUGGACAUAGACUCAUUUAAACCUGAAGCGCAACCCUCCCCAAAUAAAGACUUGUUUCCAGUGUCUGCUAUUCAGGAACUUGAUGCUGCAUUCGGGUUUAAGUCAAGUCCUGCGCCCGAAAGGGAUACCAACUGGAAAGUACCACCACAACCCACCGCCGUGUGGACAAUGUCCCCUCAGGAUCCAUGGGAGCUACAGCCCGUGGAGAUGUCAGUAGAUAAACCUGUGAUUGAACCCAAAAAGUCUCCCAGCACCCUCAGCCCCCAACAGCCACUCCGCAAGCAAGAGGAACGACUCCCAGAUCAACAGAACGACUGGGCUGCUUUUCUGAACGAGCGGUUUCACACCAGCCCUGAAGUAAGAACUAGGAACUCUCUUGGAGUCUUCUCUGGCAGCCCUCAGGGAGAAGAGAUCUGGGUUCCUAGAGAAUCACAAAGCAGAAGCCCCAGGAGAUUACAAGGAUCUCAGGAGCUGAAUAGGAUGCGUUCCCGAAGUAUGUCUAGAAAAUCUGCACGCUCAAACAGCUCCAUGGAGGAAAAUCUGUCCAGGAUGAGGAGUCGCAGCGCUAACAGAGAGCAGGAUCGCCACAGCUGGGUGCAGCAAACACAGAGUGGUGAAGAGGAAAAGAAACACUCCGGAACGCCAGUUCGUGAGACUGACAGUCAGUACGGGACCUGGGAGACGGGACUGCGAUCCGAUGACAGCCUGACGUCUGUCACUCCUAGUUCAGACAGCUUUCUCAGUCCAUCACCAAGAAAGCCGUCUCCACCAACUUCACCUGGUGAUAACGCGUUGCUGUCUGACAAAGACACUUUGGACAGCCUUCCUCCCUCUUCUUCAUCGGAGAGCCAGCCUCUCUCAUUUCCUGAUGCUCCAACCACUUUGUUAGACACCAGUGCUCUUCGCUCCAGAGCCCAGCUGGGGAAGAAGCGGGCGCCGCGUUCACGGCCCACCAGAGCAGCACGACAGAGCGCUGCACAGUCUGAAGAAAGCACAGCAACUACAGACGACUGGCUUUACCGGGACUCAACAGAAGCAAAGCCUGAGAUUCAGGAGACUGAGCUGGAGUCUGAGGAGCCAACCAGAGGAGCAGAUGUGGGCCUCGCCGUUCCCUCACAGCCUCAAAGGGUCGCCAUGUUUCCUGGCUUAGACCCUUCAGCGCUAAAGGCACAACUGAAGAGGAGGAGCGACUCCGACAAUCAACCCGACCCUCCUGCUCCUUCUCCAUCCCAGCCGUCUCGCUCUCCCAAGUCUCCGUUCCUCCCUCGAGCGACACGCGUGCUGCCCCCACCUGGCGGGAAAGAGAACGGAGAGGAAGAGUCCCCGAAGUGGUUGAAAGAGCUGAAAUCCAAGAAGCGUUUUAGUCAAUAUGAAAACGAAAACAAUUAAACGAGUAGGUUGCCUUAACAGAUGAAUCUGUGAGAAUCAGAAGCCUUAAUGUUUGACCCAGACUGUCGGAAGAUUGGAUCCACAGCUGCUGAUGUGAAUAUAUAUAUAUAUUAUAAAUAUUCUUUAUGUUGAACUUUUUUUGUUUUGUUUCUUCCAUUCUGGGUCAAUAAAUGUGCAUGGUGCCUUUCUGCCGAGUGGAGGAAAAAAACGAACAAGGAGAAAAACCAUCUUCACGUUUUCAAUGCUUGAACCCGUGAAGCUCGGCUUCAUCGGGACAGACUUCACUACACAGGGACCAGGAGACAUGACAAAAUGAUUUGAACGUCAAGUUAUUAUUUUUUUUUUUGUCAGGCACCUUUUUGGGACGUCUAACUUGCGGGACCUUUUUACUCUGUUUAUCAUUGCAUCUUUUAGGACAAUCCAACAAAUAUGUCACAUCCACCUGUUGGGGGAUAAAAGUGCAAGUUGCUGACAGAAUUGAACCUUUUUUAUUUGCUAUCAGGUAACAUUUCAUUCACUAAUGAAUUUUUGACUACGGAGAACAAAUCACCUCUGACUUGAUUGACACUUUGUAUUGCUAACAAAUGUAAUGAUGUGUUAUAUUUGUUUCUUCACACAUUGAGAAGUAGUUUGGAAUAAAACACUACACUUAGAGGCUCGACGGCCUUUUGUUGCUGGCAGUGUCACAUUUGCUACGUACUGUAAAUGUAAAUAUAUAUAUAUUUUUUGUCUGAUUACCUUGUGGAUGAGAGAUGGGACAAACGCACACACUCCAAAUCAGCACAAACACUACUUUCUCUUCCCUUCGGUCAGACAAAAACGAUUGUAGCUGCGAGCAUCCAGCACUCAUGUUUUGACAAUGUCUUUUCCCAAAACAGAAAAGUGCAAUUUUGUCUUUUGUUUAAAUCUCAUGUGCAUGCACAAUCUCCCCAGUUUAGCUGAGCUCCAGCAUCCCGGUGGAAGUUUUCCCACAGCACUGAUUUACAAGUCCACUCUGCCUUCUUUAUUGCUCCAAACAAACAUGAAUGUUGGAUUUAUGGCUCGACCUCCUCAUUAUGUUUGCCAUCAGCCACUCCACUCUACGCUUCCUGCUAAGCACUUUUUCACUUGAUGCACUACAGCUCUGACCUGUGCCCUCUCUCUCUCUGAGCCUCUAAUGGAAGUGAUGGUGUUGAUGGAGGCUUCGGAGCGAUUGUCCUGGAAUGUGAGGGUUUAUUUUCAUGUCCUCGUUUGUCCCUUUUUAUUUGAAAAUACCCAUGUAUAUUGCACUGUGUUGUUUUGGCCAGUGUCAUCAAGUGAAAAUAAUUCUCAAUAAAAGUUUACUUGAACUCA